AUGGUGGAAACGAAUCCGAUCAGUGGUGAGUUUACGCUUUCCCUUCAAAUCCAAAGGGCGAGCUUCCUCCUCCUCCUUCCUCUCUCUGCUUCCUCUGCUUUCGCUUUCGGCUCCUGCAAAGAAGGCUGGUACUUCCGCUGCAUCGGCCUCGACCCGUGA